GUUUGUAUUCCUACUGAAAAUCAAAAUCAAGCGAGCUUUUACCCUUUUGUUCUACGCGAGAUUUCUGUUCUCGCUGAGCUCGCCUUAGGACACCUGCGUUAUCAUUUGACAGAUGUGCCGCCCCAGCCAAACUCCCAACCUGACGGUGUCUCGGACGCGGAUCGGCUCCGACGCGAGGCCGGAGCCUUAACUCCAGAAAGUGAACCUUGCGGUUCGCCUCCGCUCCAUCCAAUAAAAAAAAACGAUCAGAGUAGUGGUAUUUCACCGGCGCAGCGAGCUGCUCCCACUUAUUCUACACCUCUCAUGUCUUUUCACAAGGUCAGA